CCGAGGUUGUAAAGUAGCUGCACCCAUUCACAUUGUCGUUCAAGUAGAAUUUUUCAGCUUUUCGAAAAAGCUUCAAGGCAGUAUCAGUACAACGAACUACGAACGGAGACAGAAUCGAUUGUCAGGAAUCAAGUCAUCGAAAGAACGCAGUCCUCGAAUAAAACAUGCCGCUGUGUUGUGGUAAGCCGAAGAAAGAGGAGCCGAAGGAGCCGAUUGUGUCACCGGAGUGCUUUGUGAUUCCAGUUCCGGGCGAGAAGGAUGCACCGACUCGGACCAUAGGCGACAAGGGGGAGCCGCAGUCGCGCGUCUGGUUGAAAAAACUUCCCGCCGGGCGUAUGACUUUCCGCUGCGAGUUCGACGCUGGGUAAGGUUUCUUCUAUGUUCUUUUUUCCUUUUUCCACUGGUGCGAAUGAGCGUAAGAACACACAUUCAUACGGAAGCGGAAAUAUCAAUAUAUAUGUCGCGCUAUUCUUUCAUCUCGUAACGCUUUCACGUUUAUGUCUUUCUACUUUUCCAGGCGCAUGCUCUUCAUCCUGCAAAAAAAAAACAGGUUCGACUGGCUGAAGUCGGUUUCUCCGAAGCUGGCGGAUUGCCCGCAGUGGUGCCCGACCGCGCGGUUUGGGGUGCUCGAGUCCGGCAAAAUGAAGAUCAAAAUGGAAGACGGGUCGGAAUACACGAUUAAUCCGGGCGACACGUUUUUCGUCCCGCCGAACCACUUGCCGAUUUUCGAGGAGAAAACGGUCGUGAUUGAGUUCCUGCAGGAGGAAGUUCCCCCCGCACCUGCUCCCGAGCCCGCGAAACCGCAAGAACCGGCUGCCGCAGCCCCCGCAGAACCCGCGAAAACGGACGCGGAGGCGCCGGCGAAGGCGGACGCGGAGCCAGCAGACAACAAGGUUUGAAGAUGAUCAUGGUGUGAACAUCAGUGCAACUUGUGAUCAAAGGAAAUCCGUUCAGCCAUUCGUCCGACAAGUGUCGACACUAAGUAAAUCUAGAUUUUUUCUGUUGAUGAUGUUGAGGCGAUCAGCCGACGGCUAAAUUUUUCCUUUUUCCGGUGAAAGGAGAGGAUCGAUGAGGUUGAGGAACGGGAUCAUUGUCCCUCUGUCGAUGUGAGUUUUUAAAUGGCA